ACAAUAUACUGCAUAUUAUGUGCUUCACUGCAGUGUGAGAGGAUAUCAUACAUAUGUAUUCAUUAAAGUAGUAAACUGACUUAUUAUUGUGUUGUUGUAGUUGAUAUCUCUUGUAUUGUGGUGUUUUGAAAUGUGUGGGCCCUCAGACGAAACGGUUCCUGGUGUUGCAACAUUUGAAGUGACCUGCUCACAUCCUGCUCAGCCCGCUUAGCAGUUGAACAUGGUCGCCUCAGCGCAGGGUCACAGAUAGAAGCAGUGGAACAGAGGAGUAGUCGUUUCUUCCAAGGUCUCCAUUGAGAGAGUCAUAGCAAAGCUUCUUUCGGGUAUUUCCAGUGCAGCCAAGAACCAGGAGACAAAAUGGCCGACAAUGUAAAUGCCUUGCCCUUCUUUUACGGCAACAUCACCCGUGAGGACGCGGAGGACUACCUGCGACAGGGGGGCAUGGGCGACGGCAUGUACCUGCUACGGCAGAGCCGGAGCUACUUAGGGGGCUACGCCCUGUCAGUGGCUUACAGACGGGAGUGUUACCACUAUACCAUAGAGAGGGAGCUCAACGAGACGUACGCCAUCGUUGGGGGGAAGAGCCACCGAACCCCCGUGGAUGUGAUUGACUACCACUCCCAGAAAUGCGAAGGGCUGGUGUGUCUGCUGAAGAUGCCCUACAACAGGCCCAAGGGCAUGCAGCCCAAGGUGGGGCCUUUUGAGGACCUCAAGGAGAAGCUGAUCAGAGAGUAUGUGAAGAAGACCUGGAACCUUCAGGGUGCGGCCCUGGAGCAGGCCAUCAUUAGCCAGAGACCUCAGCUGGAGAAGCUGGUCGCCACCACCGCCCAUGAGAAGAUGCCCUGGUUCCAUCACACCAUCACACGUGAGGACUCUGAAUCACGGCUCCAGAUGGGCUCUCGCACCAAUGGCAAAUUUCUGAUCAGACAGCGGGACCUGAAUGGUUCCUACGCCCUGUGUCUCCUACAUGGGUCACAAGUCAUGCAUUAUCGCAUCGAUAAGGACAAGGCUGGCAAGCUCUCCAUUCCUGAUGGGAAGAAGUUUGACACACUGUGGCAGCUGGUGGAGCAUUACUCCUACAAGCCAGACGGGCUGCUCCGCGUACUGACUGACGCCUGUCCGCGACCUGAGGGAGAUCACUUUGGUGGUAUUGGACGAGCAGGCUAUAAUAAUGGCAGGGGUGCCUCUCACAGCAAAACCACAGAUAAUCUCAACCCUUAUGACACCAGGGCUCCAAAUAAUAUGGUCAGCAAAGAGUCCAUGCCAAUGGACACAGAGGUGUACGAGAGUCCUUACGCUGACCCAGACGAGCUGAGGACCUCCACUGUAGACCGCAAACAGCUCUUCCUGGAAGAUGGAGAGUUGGGCUCUGGGAACUUUGGGACUGUCAUGAAGGGCAUCUACAAAAUGAGGAAGACAGAGAAGCCGGUGGCAGUGAAGAUCCUGAAGAAUGACGACAACAACCCAGCAGUGAAGGAGGAGAUGCUGCGGGAAGCCAACGUCAUGCAGCAGCUGGACAACCCCUACAUCGUCCGCAUGAUCGGCAUCUGCGAGGCCGAGAGCCUCAUGCUGGUCAUGGAGCUGGCCGAACUGGGGCCGCUCCACAAGUACCUCCAGAGGCACAAACAGAUCUCCAUUAAGAACAUCACAGAGCUGGUGCACCAGGUUUCUAUGGGCAUGAAGUACCUGGAGGAGCACAACUUUGUGCACAGGGACCUUGCGGCCAGGAACGUGCUCCUGGUCACCCAGCACUAUGCCAAGAUCAGCGACUUUGGUCUGUCCAAGGCUCUCACAGAGGAGGAGAACUACUAUAAGGCAAAAGGCCAUGGGAAGUGGCCAGUGAAAUGGUACGCCCCAGAGUGUAUGAACUAUUUCAAGUUCUCCUGUAAGAGUGACGUGUGGAGCUUUGGGGUCCUGAUGUGGGAGGCGUACACGCUAGGGAUGAAACCAUACAAGGGCAUGAAAGGAAAUGAGGUGAUCCAGAUGAUCGAGAAUGGUGAGCGUAUGGACAUCCCCCCCAACUGUCCCGCGGAGAUGUAUGACCUCAUGAAGAAGUGCUGGACAUACAAGGCGGAUGAAAGGCCUGGAUUUGCGGUUGUUGAGCCCAGACUGAGGGAUUACUACUAUGACAUAUCGUCACAAUGAUCGGUCACCUCAAUCAGCAACCACUGGAGUGUAAAGAGCAUUUGACUCUGGACCUCAGGAGAUACUGCUGCUGUGGGGUGCUAGUGUUUUGCUCUUGGCACCGGUGGCUUCUUGGGAGUUCCUCUCAUUAAAAAGUGUUAUUAAAACCGAGAAACCUGAUUAGUAUAGAUUUAAAGAUUGAACAUAUUGUAAAUUGAUUACAAAUAUCAGUUUUAAACAAUGUUGGAAAAUGAAGAAAAAUAUAUUUAAAACCACUUGAUUGAAACACACAUUAAUAUUUGAGUCAUUUAGCAGACGUUCUUAUCCAGAACGACUUACAGUUGGUGCAUUCAUCUUGAGAUAGCUAGGUGGACAACCACACAUCGCAGUCAUAGUAAGUUAAUUUUUCCUCAAUAAAGUAGCUAUCAGCAAAGUCAGAGCUUGUAAGGGGGAAUAAGCUAUUGUUGGGGGGUGGGAGGAGGGUUGUUGUGCGAUUAUUUAAGGUACUCUUUGAAGAGGUAGGGUUUUUGGGAAGUUGGGCAGGGACUCUUGCUGCCUUAGCUUCAGGGGAAGCUGGUUCCACAAUUGGGGUGCCAGGACAUAAAAGAGCUUUGAAGAUGUUUUUGUUCUGUUUAAUUGACUGGAGUUCUUUUUUUCUUCUCAAUCAAUAUUAAAUUUACAAUAAAACAAGGGGCCAGGUGAUUUUAUUUAUUUUAUCAUUACUUUUUUACUUCUCUUUAUUCACAUUUUAAAAUAUUUUUUAUUUCAUGAUUCUUCUGGAGUUAUGUAUCAAAAUGCUUCCACAUUUUCCUCAGGAUGUUAUGUUCUGUUUUCCUCAUACCUGGCACAUAUUGUAUAAUCCAACGGGCGAAGAUAUAUCUGAUGUAAAUUAUUACAUUCUGGUUAAAUACAUUCACUGAUGAGAAUUGUAAUUAGUGUAAAAAAAAAAAAAGAAAGAAGAA